AGGCGCGGCCUGGCCGUCCCGGGGCUGCCAUGGAGAGCCCGGCGGCGGCCUUCACGCUGGCCUACGUGGUGCUGGCCGUGUGCUUCGUCUUCCCGCCCGACGAGUUCCGCUCGGCCGGCCUGACGGUGCAGAGCGUGCUGGGCGCCUGGCUGGGCAGCGAGGACGCGGCCUUCGUGCAGUACCACCUGCGGCGCGGCACCGCCACCCUCCUGGCCCACGCCCUGCUGCCCCUCGGCUACUGUGCCGGCCUUUGCUUUGCCGCACCUGAGACGAAGCUCUGCCGUUUUGACCAGGCCCCGGACCCCUGGCGACUCUUCUUCCUCUUGGCUGUUCUUGCGGCGGCAGCUGCUGGCCUCCUGGCCUAUUACUGGUCCCGAAACGAUUGGAACAACCAUCCCUUGGUCCGGACAAUUUCUUUUUACGCGCUCCCCCAGUCCGGCUGGAGAGCGGUUGCGUCUUCCAUCAACACAGAGUUCAGGAGGAUCGACAAGUUUGCUACGGGGGCCCCCGGAGCACGAGUCAUCGUGACGGACACCUGGAUCAUGAAAGUGACCACAUACUCUUUACGUGUCGCCCAGCAGCAAGACAUCGAUCUCACAGUGGUGGAUUCAAGGCAGCACGAACUCUUGCCGGACUCAAAUAUGCCUGCCCAGUUCCUCACCAUCCGGGUUGGCACCACUAACCCCCACGUGAAGCCUUUCAAUAUCCGUUUGAAUUCAACAGAAUAUGGGGAACUGCGAGAGAAGCUCCAUGCUCCCAUCCGUAAUGCUGCCAAUGUGGUGAUUCAUCAGAGCCUAAGCGACUUGUUUCUGGAAACCUUUACGUCACUGGUGGAGAUGAACCAGACCUAUGCUCUUCCUAGCAACCAGGAGCUGGAGCCGUGCAUUGGGUGUAUGCAGACUAAUGCAAACAUCAAGCUUUUGAAGAACUGUCAAGAGCCUCACGAAGGGGAGUGUGAGCAGUGCUAUUGCCGCCCCAUGUGGUGUAUGACCUGCAUGGGCAAAUGGUUUGCCAGUAGACAGGAUCAGCAGCACCCGGAAACCUGGCUGUCAAGCCAUGUGCCUUGCCCCACGUGCAGAGCCAAAUUCUGCAUUUUGGAUGUUUGCGUUAUACGGUGAAAGAAUCCGAGGAGUCCCUUACCUUUUUUAUCUGGGAUGUACUUUUGAACUGGACAGACCUAUGGCUUACCUUCCGCGCACCACCGCGUUCUGAUUUUUCUGACACCGAAGCCAACUUUAAUUGCCGUAACCUAAACAACUGAGCCCCCGCCCCCAAAUUCUCUGUACUUUUGUGUCCUUCUCCAAUUCUGCUCAACCCUGAAAGAUGUUCUAGGAUUGUGUCAGACUUCAGUUAAAGCAGUCUUUCAGCUGCAGCUGCUGCACGGUUUCUUUAAAACUGCUAUGUUCUUCAAAAACGAAUUAACCGAAGGCUACACGUGAUUAUAAAUCAGUCAAGUAUGGUGUGACAUGGAGUACAAAUGGUGACUCAAAACAUGAUUUUUAUUACUUUGUAAACCAGUAUUAAUCUUCAAGAGAUUUAUGCCUUUCUUAUCUUUAGAGUUUACCUGCAUCAAAGAAGGCAAGCGAUUCUGCUUCAGAAUCAAGGAAUUCGACUGUUAUUUCUCUGAAUUGCCUCUGAGUAGCUUUCCCUUGUUUGGUUUUCCUGAUUUGUUUCUUUGUCAAUGAAGUGUUGUUUAAAAAGCCUAA